AUGGACGAGGAGCUUUUCGGGAUCUUCCGCUUCGCCCGCACAGUGGUCACUCCUUUCAAGGAGAUUUGCUUGGAGCUUGUGCUUCAGCUGCAGCAAGAUUGGAUCACGCGGGUACUCGACAUGCCGCCGGAUGCGACCAUGAAUGGGCAGGAGUUGAAGGUGAAGUUUCGCCGGAACUUUACACUCCAGUCAGUGCUGUCUGAAGCCUUGGGGAUGUAUUUGGCUACAGCACAUGAGCUUCUUGAACACUUCCGAUAUCUUCGGAGCUCGCCGUCGAAGGCGGCUGCCUUGAUUGCGCCUCCAUCAGAUGAGAAAAGUGAAGAAACCAAGAAGCUCGUCGUGAGCCAGAUGAAAUCCGAAUGGGAGCUGGUCUUGCGGUUGGAAAGCAGUGCUGCUUCGGCUUGCGAGCUGCAGGAGCACUGCAGACACGUGUCUUACCAAUGCUAUCGUGAACUGAUGGCAGUGUGGGAGAAGCACAGCUGGAAAGUGCACCCAGAGGCCCUCAGCCUCACGCGGGCCUGGUACCCCGAGCUCGCUUGGUCGUCGAACAUCGAAUCCUUGUUCAAGGAGAUGACAUCAGCUGUGAAGCGAUCCGGCCAGUCUGACGUGGGCUCCCUCCCCAACUUGAUGGCUGUGGCGAUCCGAGGGCUACAUCGCCGUUUGUGCAUCAGCGAGGAUGCCCCGCAGGCAUUGAAACUCGAGAAGGACGACUGGUCUGGGGCCCAAACCCCGGCACUGAAGCCGAAGAUUUUCAAUCCCACGUCAGCCCCGGUUUGCCGCACGGACGUGAAUGUGAUUUCAGUUUCGUUCUUUCACUGGUCACACGGCCAGGCCGUGUCCAUCGACAGCAUCACCAAACCGUUCCCUUCGACCUCCGCUUUUCAUCACAACCAUCACUCGCUGAACUUUAUGGCCGGACUGAUGCUUGCAGAUUCGCCUCUUGCCAGGAUGGGACGAGAUCCGGUGAAUGAAAUCCAGUUUUUCUGGGUGCCCGCCGUGCAGCUGAAGGAGCUGCCCUUUUCCUUCAAAGGCCCCUUGCCUGACUUGGCAGUGGAUGAGACCAACAUCCCGAUGAAUGACGAAAAGUCGCCUGAUCCGCUGUCAACGAAUCAGAGCACCCAUGCACUGACUUUGGAUGUUGGGAGGAAUUUGGUCCGGAAGCUGCUCCUGAGGCCUGACGAGGUGCGAUUCUUCGGUUACAGCAUCCACCUUGCCGAGCCUGUCUUGUCAGACAAGUGUGGUUGCAGCAUCCUCUUGCGACGCGGCAUGAAAGACUUCUCCCUGAUGGGCUGGUUGGUGCAAAGCGGAGAUGUCCUGAAGCUCACCGUCCGGAAUCUGAUUGAUUUCAUGGAUUCACGAGGGGCCCGAAUGCCGAAGAACGCCACGAAGGCACAACGCAUCCGACGAAUUCUCUCGAUGGACGACAUUCAGCAAGAAUGCAGUGCAGAUGUGAUCAAUGCGAUGGUGCAAAAGCUGGAGCAGCAGGAAGAGAAGAGAAGACAGAAAGAAGAGAAGGGAACAGACCCCACCACGGAGGGAGAGAUCCACUGGGAAGUGCUCGAGGAGGAUGCCGCUACAGCUGCCUGCCGGCAGUUGCUUGGACAGCAGCACGAUGACGAGGACGAGGAUGAUGCUGAAGAGGCUUCUAAGUUGCACCUUGUUGGGGAUGCUUCUUUUCUCCCUAUGUCUCUCUCACUCUCUCGUUCUCUCUUCUGCUUGGUUGCCCAAUAUGCCACCAACCACCCUCGUGUCUUCCCACAAGUUGUCGUGUUAUCUGAGGUAGCCCAAGGGCCGACCGAUGAGCCUAUGACGGAUGCGAGACCUGCAGUGCCUGAUGGUCGAGCCUCCAGGGCCCUACUCUCCAAUGCAUGUGCUCUUCCGCCUGAGCUCGUCUCCGAGCUCCCGCUGCCCGAAGGGACAGCAAUGCACAUGGUCUUGCACAAGGAUCGGACACUGCCCCAUUUCCAGGGCAGGUUGACCUCUGGAGAGGUCUGGGAUGGAAAGCCUCUUGUCUGA